CUCAGCUGUUUCUGCCGCAGUCGCCGCCAUGGAGCCAGGGCAGCGAGAGGAAGAGGAGGAGGCGGAGGAUCAGCGGCUGCUCACGUCCAACCAGAAACUGAAGGCAGCCGUCCACUACACGGUGGGCUCGAUGUGUCAGGGAGCUGCAGAUGCCAAAGGGGUCAAGUUCACCAAGCCAGCCAUCGCGGCCAUUUCUGAGGUCACCUUUCGGCAGUGUGAACAUUUUGCCAAAGACCUUGAGAUGUUUGCCAGACACGCCAAAAGAAGCACAAUUAACAUGGAGGAUGUGAAGCUCUUAGCCAGGAGGAGCAGCUCACUGCUGAAUUACAUCACAGAGAAAAGCGAAGAGAUUUCUCAGGCCAACCAGGGACAAAAGGGUAAGAAGAAAAAGAAGGCAGAAGAAGGCAGCAAAAAAUCUAAUAAACAGGCGGUAACUGAGAUGGACAUUGACGAUUGAGACCGCGGCCACCGCUUGCCACCUCUGCACACUUUCUCCUCCAGCUGCUCUGGGUGGCCCUGGGGCCGACGGUGGACGACAACAGUGACCGCCAUCCCACAAGUUCUGUUCUUUAGCAAAGGGAUGAGGGGAUGAAUGGAGAGAAAACAGAUGCUGGUGGGAAUUUGGAGGCCAAAUAGCUGACUAAUAAUUCUAAUACCUGAGAAAGCUGGAAAUGCUUAAGUGUGGUAUUCUGGUGCCUUUAUUGGAACGCUAAGAAAGGAGGGUUGGAGCAGGGUGCAUUUAAAUUAUUAUUUC